GAGCUCGGCUCUAUAAAUAAGACCGGGAAAAAAUUGACGUUGCUUUACAAACCAGCAAGGUGUUCUGCCAACUCUGCUAAGUUUCUGUGGCCCACAUUGUGAUCUCUUGUUGUGAUGCGAAGUAAAUAGGGGAGAUAAACUGGAUAGCCCACUUCAUUUAAUUUUUCAGUUUUUGUGUAUUUGGCUUGUUUUGGGAUAUUUUACCUCGAAGUCGAAGAUGCCUGCCGAUACAUUUGGAAAAGCAUCCCCAUCAUCUGUUGCUGCCACCCCUGCGAGCGUUAAUGGCACUCCGGAUAAACCCAGAACUGCCUCUGAGCACCGAAAGUCCUCAAAGCCUAUAAUGGAGAAGAGACGACGAGCACGAAUAAACGACAGCCUGGGUCAGCUAAAAACUCUUAUUCUAGAGGCAUUAAAGAAGGACACCUCCAGAAAUUCGAAGCUUGAGAAGGCAGACAUUCUUGAGAUGACAGUGAAACACCUAAGGAACAUACAGCGUCUGCAAAUGACUGCUGCUGUUAACAUAGAUCCAUCCUUAAUGGGAAAGUACAGAGCGGGUUUUAGCGAGUGCAUUGGUGAAGUCACUCAUUUUCUGUCGACGUGUGAAGGCGUCAACACCGAGGUCAGGACUAGACUUCUCAGCCACUUGGCCGGCUGCGUGUCGCAGAUCAACCCGGUGAAUUACGCAACUCAGCGCCUGAUUCCCACAUAUCCUCCGCAACCGGCGCUUUCCCAAGCCAUUGCACAUAUUCCGAGUGCUACUCCACAGUUGAAUGGAAUGCCCUGCAAAAGUGUUUCGCCCGUCAGCAUCCACCCGGAGGCGUUUAAGUUAUACAGUGGCCUCCAAAUUGUACCGGCGACAACCGAUGGACAUUUUGCUUUCCUUAUUCCCGGCGCAGCUCUGGCGUCCUUAAAUGCGCAAAGCGGCCAUCCAGCGCUUGCCGUGGCGAUGUCACCUGGCGCGCCCUCGGUCACUCUAGACUCAGUGUGGAGACCAUGGUAGCGUUCCGACGCGCCAUUAGACUUGAAAGACAUUACACUGGUUUUACAAAAACAUCUUACGUUUGUUGAGGCCUCUAGGCUAUUGUAUAUAUUUUGUACAGUUUAUGCAUUUCCCAUUAAGAAAUUAAGAGUAAUGUUUACAGAGAUUUCAAGUAAUUGAUAAAACAUGUUGUGACUGAGAUCUAUAUGUUUUUCAUUGGUGAUUUUUCAUUUGAUGUCGUUGUGCUAUGAGAUUGAUUGCAUUGUUCAAUCAUUAAUGCUAUCCUUUUGGAUCAAUAAAUU